CCACGGCGAUCGAUCAACAUCCACCACAGCGAAAGCAACAGCCAGCGAUCGAGACAGCCGCAAGAGGCUCACUUAGCUACCACUAGACGCGAUCACAGCUAGCUAGCCACUCGAUCGACAUGGCUAGCAAGUCGGGGUCCCUGCUGAUCCUCGCGGUGCUGGUGGCCGCGGCGUGCUCGGGCUCGGCGGCGCGCGACGUCCCGCACGCCGAGGACGCGAUGAAGCGGCCGGAGACGUUCCAGGAGGGGACGGUGCUGAUCCCGGGGAUCGGGCGGUACGAGCUGGGCAGCCACUACAUGCCGGACAUCGGCGGGCUGGACCACAGCAUCCCGGCCGCCGCCAACGGGCAGUUCAUCCCCGGCGCCGACGACACCUGGGUGCCCAACCCCGGCUUCGAGGUGCCCAACCCGUUCCGCCCCGCGUCCACGGAGUCUCCAUGAUGUAUCAGCGACUGCGUGCGAGCGCGCUGACGCUGUCGACGUUGUGUGUAUUGAAGAUGUACCUGUAUGGGCUAUGGAUAGAUGCGUAGGAAGCAUCCAUCGCAUAUCUCGUUUUGUUUGUUGUUGCCAAUAAUGUGUUUCAGUCAACGGCGGAGCAGGGAUUAUGCAUAAGGGGCACGACAUUGAGCAAAAUUCUAAAAUGCAAUAUGUUGUACGAAUAUAUUGGGUUUUUUUUCAUGAAGAAAUAUAUAAGAAUCGACCGUUCGUGUA